AUGGUUCAGGAUGGUGUGGUGGAGAUCCCCCCUAACUUUGUUCCACUGGAACAUGUUUGCCGGGCUCUCAAGAACGCUGACUGCCGUACCCCCGUUAUUUUCUUUUAUGAAGAUGGUGAUCCUUUUCUUUCUCUCUGCAAAAUUGCCAGAGAGAUGCAAUCCGCCGUGUGGCACUUUGACCUUGCCGUAAUAAAAAGCAUUCAAAACGUCAUGGAUUACAUCGAUGUGGGAACAAAAAACGGGGACUGGGUGUUGAUCUCACACUGUGAGGAAGUGGAGCAACACCUCUUCCGUGAAGUUGCUCUUAGGGUUUUUCUCUUGAAGCCGGAGCCGAAGAAGUACCCUCGGCGGGAGUUUUUUCGGUGUUUAUUUUGUGUUGAAAAGGCCUUUGAAUUGGAGGGAAACGCGAUGACGCCAUUUCCUCCGGUCCUUCUCAAGAACUCCAUUAUUUCAAGACGCGUGGAUGAGAGUUCUUCAAAGUGGUGCCUUAAACUUCCAUCGGAUGCUAAAUACCGAGAAAUUGAGGAAUUAAAACGUGAGCGACGCCGCGCAGCCGGUCGCGACAGCGACAGUGAAACGGACCUGAGUGAAGAUGACAGACUAUCUGGUAAGUGGUUCCAUCGCUCGGUGGAAUUAAAUAAGGCGGCUGAUGAAUCUCCAAUCACCAUGGCGGAGGGAGAAAUGCAGGCUGCAUUGGAUGAAGAAGAUGUAGAGACGAUCAAAAUUUUGAUUGCGGAUGGAAAGAUUGACGUGUCGAAGGUCAUCAAAUUUGGCAUGACGCCGCUUCAGUACGCGUGUUCUACUCAAAAGGUCAAGGCUGCGAAGUGUCUGCUGGAGUGCGGUGCCGACCCCAACCAGCCCCGUCAAAGUGAUGGUCGUCCCCCAAUAUUUAUGGCUCUCGAAGAUGAGUCGCUUGUGGAAGCUCUUGUAAAACAUGGCGCGGACUUGUUUAAGACAUUCCAGGGAUGGCGGCUAGACGCCCACCCAGAUACGUCGCCGCCCAUAGCGCGAAUGAUUAAGAAGCUCCGACAGAGCAUGUGA